UCACUUCGAUUCGCAUGUGUCCUUGUUCAAAGCACAUGUUUUGUGCAUGUGGAUGUGGAUUGUAGGCACUCACGACUCCAUCCCCCGCGAUCUGAUGCCGGAUUUGUUUCCUUUACGUUCUUUAUUACAUUCUAGGAGAGUUCCUGAGUGUUAUGUGCGCCUGAUGACGUUCGAGGGGCCAUUUUGUGGAAAGGAAAGCAGUUAAAGGACAUGCCUUGCUUCCAUGAAAAAAGAGCUGUUGUUUCUACGCCCCGCUUUCAUCGGCUUCGAGAGGCAUCUUUCGCUCCCAUCCGAGUCGUUCCAGAGGAAGAUUUCGUACCACCAACGGGUAAUCACGCAAAGCGUUCCUGAUUCCAUAAGAAUGGCAAAUAUCUGCCUCACCCAAGGCUUGCUGCAUCGGUAUGAGGAUUGGGAUGAAAGCCCAGGCAAGUCUCCGGGUGCGAGUGUGUUCUACCCUAAAAGCACCUUGUUGUCACUUGUAGCAUUGAAGGUCUCACCUGAAAUCAUCUGGGCGUUCUGUAUGAAGGUUAACCUCAUAUUAGCGAGGAAAGUAAUGCGCUCCCCUCACUUCCCUCAGUUCCUUCCCGGUCUGGUGCCGAGAUGGAAGUUGGCAAAUCGGGGAAGGAUUGCUUGUUGUGUGCUUUUAGCCUCUCGUGAUGAUUUAUACGGAGCUCAUGAGAAGCAAGACGGCUACCGAUGGCAUAGUUCGUCGUCGAUAGUAACUUUCUGAGUCUCG